ACGCAGACGUGGAAAAUAUUCGCGCCAACGGAACGGUAAACUCGGCGUGGAAUUUGUCUUUUUUGUGUAGUAUGAUGUUAAUGCCGAAUAUUACAAGGACCUCGAUACAGACAUAGUGCACACUUUGCACCUUAUUUCAUCGCUUAAUUUACGCCUCGUGUCGUACGUACGAGUUCUUUUCGAAGAAUUUGCCUUUUUUUUUUUGAAUCACUCUUUGCGAGGUGGUGGAUUUUUGUAUUUUUUAUUUAUUUCUUCGCGAAUGGAUACGUACGCAUGGCGAGUGCUGUUGAAUAGGUUCAAGUGACCAGAGAUGGAGAUAAGGAGAGGAUUUUUUUAUAUUUUUUUAUACGUUGUAAUUUUUAAUGGGUAUUAUUGCGAAAUCAUAAAUUACGUUACGAUAACAUCGAACACGUUGAGUGAAGAAAAUGUUACACCUGCUACGUUGAUGACUUUCGAGUUGCAAGAUCCGUAUUUCGAUACGACAUCCAGCAGAAAUGUCACUGUGAUUGUAGGCAAAUCGGCCUAUUUACCUUGUAAAGUGAAAAGACUCGGCGGUAAAUCGGUAUCUUGGAUUAGGCAUCGUGAUCUGCAUAUACUCACCGUUGGAAAAUACCUAUUUACUACAGACGAGCGAUUCCAAGCCCUGCAUAAAGAUGGAAGCGACGAAUGGAUAUUAUUUAUAAAAUACGCGCAAAUUCGCGACAGCGGAAUAUACGAAUGUCAAAUUAGUACGCAGCCAGUACGAAGCAUUUUCGUCAAUUUAAACGUCGUAGAACCUGUCGCCGAAAUUUCUGGUGCUCCGGAGAUCUUCGUUAGUCAAAGUAGUAAUAUUUUCCUCACUUGCACUAUAAAAUAUAGUCCAGAACCGCCUUCGUUUAUUCGAUGGUAUCAUAACGAACGGAUAAUCAAUUACGACUCUCCUCGAGGUGGAGUUAAUGUAAUCACAGAGAAAGGAGAUAUCACCAUUAGCUACCUGAUCAUACAGAAAUCUCAAAUCACAGAUUCUGGCAGAUUCUAUUGUUGUCCAUCAAAUGCCAGAAAAGCCAGCGUAAUGGUUCAUGUAGUACAAGCCGACAGUCCAGCAGCGAUGCAAAAAAGCUCAACAAGUUUUCAAAACCCAUCGAUUCACAUGUUCAUGACGAUAUGUUCACUGCUUUUCAUAAGUCUUCGAUGAUAAACGUAAAAUGUGAUAAAUUACGAAAAGUAUUAUAAUAUUUUUUACAAAAGGGAUGCAAAAAGAAAAAAAAUUGUACAGAAAAUAUACGGUCGUUUUGUAAUUAUAAUUAAUUUAUUAUUAAGCCUCGGAAAAGGACUCGGGCAACAGUGUAAUCAUGAUGGUCGACGAGCGUGUUGUAGAUUUGUGCCGUCGAGAGAGAAGAAAGAAAGUUGAAAAAAAAAAGAAGUUUUAUGAAAGAGAAAAACUUUAUUACUUUACGAUUCUUUUGCUAAGUUUAUUAUGUUUUCAGCAAACGUGUCGCUCUGUACUGUUUAAAUUUAACGAACCAAGCUAAUUUUUUCUUCCGACGAUUUCCGUUGUAUACUCGUUGUUACCAUUAAUGUAAAUGUUUGUACGCAACAUUGUUGUAACGGUUUCGGUAAUAUAUUAUUAUCUAAUUUA